CUAGAGACCAUAGUUGACAGGAUGCCUGUCAGGAUUCAGCAAGUCCUUAGAUUGAGUCAAUAAGUUUGUCAGUCAGGGGUCAAAGUCUACGUGGUGAGGUUUGGAACCACUAAACCGGUUGUACACUUAUCACCAUGGUUGAGACCCGUAGUGGGGUAGACACAAGCCCUUACACCAAGGAGCAGCAAGAAAAGAUGGCCGCCUUAGUGAAAGAGUGCGAGAAGCAGGCGAAGUUAAAGGCUAUCGCAGAGGAGCAGGCGGCCAAGAUAAAGGAAUUGGAGGAGGAGAUGGAGAAAAAGAAGAAGGUUGUUGAAGAAGAAGCGGCAGCAGAAGAAGAAAAAGAGAGAAUGUGUAUUGAGAGUAGAGAGGGAAGUAGUGGCACGAAGAGGGACACAGACGCAGAGAUGGAGAAGAAAAUAAGUGAGUGGGUUGCUAAUUUAUCGUUGGGAGAAGAUGAGGAGGCAGAGUCCUAUGUGACUCAGGAUGAGAGGGAAGCGCUGGCCAAUGAGCUAGCAGUAAUGGAAGAUCCGAUGGAACGGCGAGAAAGGGAGGAGGAGUAGAAGUUGGCAUGGAAACUAAGGAUGAAGAGGGAGAAGAAGAAGAGGAGAGAGGAAGUGAACAAACUUACCGCAGAAGU